CUAUUCCAUGUUAAUUAUCCUGAUUCUUUUAAUUUCAAUGAGGCAGUAUUAGAUAUAACACAUCACACUUUCACAUAUCCCUGUACUGACCAACUCCAUGGAGCAGAGUCCCUCUUGAGAAGUAUGCUCAGCUGGUCAAGGAACUCUUUGCCCGUUAUGGACCUAAAAGUUUCAAUAUUGUUUUCACAAGAACCAGCCACCAGUCCCUAUCCUGAAUCAGAUAAAUAUGUGCAUAGGUCUACCAAGUGUAUAUUUUAAUCUUUACGGUUUUUAGAUAACAAACUUGGAUGUUGUGAAUUAACGACCAUUAGGAGGGAAACUAUAACAAACCAAGUAGGCAGAAAAUUAAUUGCUUGCUAUGGCUGAAGUCAAGGUGGAACUAGACUUGGAUAGUGAGAGUGAAUCCAUGUCGCUAACCACUGACGAUGAGAAUGAUGGAGUGAGUUCUGUAACAAUACCUAUAAUGAAGUGUGAAGCAGAGCUUAACAUGGAUGAAAUCAAAGAAGAAUCAGAAUCAGAGAGCAACAAUUUCUUAAUGUCAUCCCUCAAUGAAGCUCAGCUGGUGGAGGGGAAGAAUGAAUAUAAUUAUGUAUCAAAAGUACAGACUGAAGUCAAGGAGGUGGAGCCAUGGAAUUUUGUUACAAUCAAGGAAGAGUACAAAGAAGAAGAAGAAGAAGAAGAUGAUGAUGAUGAUGAUGAUGAUGAAGAAGCUGAUGACACAGCAGAGGAAGGGGAAAUGAGUGUGGACAGUGUGAAACAUUUUACGAGUCACCAAGGAGUUCCUGUGGUGGAGGAUUCUCAUUUCACAGAGCCUGAGUACUGUCUUGGUAAGGAAACUGAUAUUCCUAAUGAGAACAGCAAUUCUAUGAAUAGUUCUAAAUUGGCAACCAAUGAAAUACAAAAAAGUAAUUCUCAUAAAAUGAGAAAUGGUAGAGUCUACAAAUGUGAAGUUUGUAAUAAGCAUUUUUCAAGCCAUCAUAAUCGGAAGCAACAUAUGCGUAUCCACACAGGAGAAAAGUCGUUUAGUUGUGAUAAGUGCGACCUGAAGUUUGCUCAAAAAGGAAACCUGAAGCAACACUAUCGUAUUCAUACUGGGGAAAAACCAUAUAAGUGUUUGUUAUGUGAUAAAGUUUUCUCUCAGCAUUCGAAUCUUAUGAGUCACAAACGUACUCACUCUGGAGAGAAGCCGUAUGAGUGUGUUAUAUGCAAUAACCGAUUUCGAGGACGUGGAUAUCUGAAGCAACAUUAUCGAAUUCACACGGGAGAGAAACCAUUUAAGUGCGAUGUAUGCUUUAAGAAUUUUAGAAGAAAGGGGGACUUGAAUUGUCACAAACGAAUCCAUGAAGGUGACAAUCCUAUUAAAUGUGAAACUUGUUUGAAAGUGUUUCCUCGCAUUGCUGAUCUUGUGAGACAUAGGCGCUGCCACACCGGAGAGAAACCAUAUGAAUGUGAUGUAUGUUUGAAAAAGUUUUCUGCGAACGGAAACCUGAAGGAACAUUAUCGUAUGCACACGGGAGAGAAACCAUAUAAAUGUGAUGUAUGUAAUAAAACUUUCUUUAGAAGUGGCGAGUGUUCGCGACAUAGACGUACUCACUUUGCACAGAAAGCUCGCUGAUGCAUGAUUUAGGAGACAAAGUAAAACUUGGAAACAUGAUGAGAUUUAAGGUUCUCAUGGGUGGGUUGAGGGAGAGCAGGUACAAAGUUGACUGCUGGGAUGUGGUACUGUAGUCAUAGAAACUGGCAUUUCAUAGGUGCUCCACUGCCUCCAACAUCGGGGUGAUGACUUGUAGCACAACAUUCCAGAACACAGUCAUCUUUGAAGUUGAACAUUGUGUUAUUUAACUGGCCAACUGGUAGGAUAAUUUGAUGUGUAAUUCUACCUUUCCUUGUAAUCCUUCAAACUCUGUAUGUGGCAUGGGGAAGAUAUGUGAAGAACAUUUUUAGUCCAACAAAAUUAUUAUUAUUUAUAAGAGUAUUGUACCAAUCCCUGGUGAAUAUGACAGAUGAGUAUAGAGGAUUGGUGGAGGGAAACAUAAUUACUUGUUGAGAACCCGUUCCAACAAUACUGUGUCCGCUGCAUAUCCCAUAUGGACUACCUUGGGUUUGAAUCUGAGUUUCUACAGAGAAAUGUGCAUCUAACCACUUGAGCUGUCACAUGGCCUUAAAUUAGUAUUUCUUGAAUUGCAGCCAUGGUACAGAAACUGCUGAAAAGUAUGGUAACUAAAAGAAGGAGACUGAAUAGCUUUUGCUGCAGUAAAAUACAAAGGUCUUAUUUUAUUUAUAGAGUGGUGAGCUUGUGUAUUGAAUGAUAUUUUUAUAUCAGUUCUGCCCCUGGUAGUGUGUGCUUAUUGCUUUUUUCUCUUGAGUCUGUUAACAGUUUUUAAGCUUAUGAAUUUUGAAAUGUGUUUUUUGGAAGUUAUUACACCAAUUCUUUUUUAAGGAUUACUUCAAACUGUCUUGGACUGCAGGCAUCAUCAGCUGAUUAAAUUCAUUAGAUACUGAACUAUCUUCAGAUGUAAGAAAUAUUAAGUCUGAAAAGGAAAUUAUCAUUAAGACACAUUGCAUUUUUGUGGGGCAAACUCAGUUGAAUAUAUGUUAUGAUUAAAUGAAAGAAUAUAUAGUAGUCUUGCAGAAUUAAAUUGAACAACUAGGACAUGUUGCAUGUACUGUAUUUACUUGUGUAUAUUACUUGCACCCUAAUUUUAAAAAUGAUUAAAUUUGAGGAAAAGAACUGUUGAAUACACAAGUAAAUGUGGUAUAUAAUUUAUGAACUUUAAUAAUAAGCAUGAAAUAUUUUUAUAAUGUAUCGUGUAUAUUUUUUUUACAAUAAUUUGUAGAAGUUGUGCUUUGUGUGCUGUGCUUUUGUGCCUCUUUAUUAUUUAUUACAGUCAUUUUGCUUAUAACAUAUAUUCAUUAUGUGAAAUGCCUAUAGUGCAAUUGAUUUACAAUAGAAAGCUGUUUCUAUAAUACGUGUGCAUUUUGGAUAUGAUGCUAUUGAAAUAAAGCAAGCAAAGAAAUUAAGAGAAGUAAACAGUAAACACAGGUAUGUAUCUUGUUAUGAAACAGUAAUAUGUCCAAAUUAAUAAUAGGAUUAACUUCUACAAAAAAAUUACAUUUAUGAUGAUGAAUAUGAACUCUCAAACCCUAACUCCUCACUCCUAGUUGAACCAAAGGUUUCUGUGAUGUAACUUUUCAUAAUGCAGUGUUUUCAAAGAAUGCAACUAUCUCAUGUAGUUGAAAUGGCUGUAUUUGUGCCAAGAUGUGGUUUAAGAUCAUCAAUAGGUAUCUUUUUAUUAAUAUUACUUACCAUAUUUCAAAUAAGGUUAUUAUUUCAGAAAGUGAUCAAAAUAGAUUUUCUCUGAGUGCAGGUGAAUGCCAUCUGUGAUUGUUACUUGUAAUGAUUUGUCAUUGCUAAUUGUAGGUUAGAGUAUGUUUAAGUUUUCAGACAAACUAUACCACCCUUAUAGAUUGCGAAGAAUAUCGGAAAAUUAGUGACAGCGGUUUCGUCUUGUGUUUUGGAACAUUGGCAUUCAUUAACAUGUAAUUAUAUUUUAAGAAUCUUCCAAUUUUGCUGUUGUAUCUGAGAAGGAAUGUAAAGCAUGUUUAUAUGAUUCAGGGAGUGGGAGCAUUUUUUCAGCAUUUGAAGAAUCAUCUUUAUGUGGUGAAAGGUGAGUAUAACCUUGGGAAUUAUAAGUAAUGCACUGCUACACUGUGGUGUGAGCAAUGAACUAAAUGUGUGUGAAUUUUAAACGUGGGAAAUUUGCUUCAUUAUAUCCUGACAUGACCCUGUUUUCCUUAUCAGGAAAUAGUGUAGAACAUAAUACAGUGAAAAGAUGCAUAGAAUACAGGAUGUGAUGUUUUGAAAGUAAUGCAUGAGGUAGAUAAUGCAGCUAGGAAGAUAUAUAUAUGCUUUGAAUGUGUACAUUGCAGUGAAUGUGCAUUGACUUGUCUAACAUGGACAUGGCUUAAGGAAAUAAAUUUUUGUGGAAAGAAAUGAGGAAUAGCCAAAGCGGAAUAAAUGGGAUUUAGGAGUGGAGAGAUUAACAUACUGAAGGGUAUGUGUUAACAUGACUGCGGUUUAUAUAGUGUUAUUUUGUGACAUUAUACUGAAUAAAAGAUUAUUCUAUUGGUUCCAGAA